AUGCCUGUGUGUAAGGCUUGUAAAGGCACAGAGUUUGAGAGAGACUUGUCGAAUGCAAAUAAUGACCUUGUUUGUAAGAACUGUGGUGUGGUCUCCGAGGAUAAUCCGAUCGUGUCUGAAGUGACUUUUGGAGAGACAAGUGGUGGUGCAGCUGUUGUUCAAGGUUCUUUCAUUGGUGCAGGACAGACUCAUGCUUCGUUUGGGUCUCAUGGUGGUUCGAGUGCUUUAGAGUCGCGAGAAGCUACAUUGAAUAACGCUAGAAGAAAGCUUAGAGCCGUUUCUCACGCGUUAAACAUCCCCGAGUAUAUCACCGAUGCCGCAUUCCAAUGGUAUAAGCUAGCACUGGCGAAUAAUUUUGUUCAGGGACGUAGAUCACAGAAUGUUAUUGCUGCGUGUCUUUACGUGGCGUGUCGUAAGGAGAAAACACACCAUAUGCUAAUUGAUUUCUCUUCGAGGUUGCAAGUUGGAGUUUAUUCGAUUGGUGCGACUUUUUUGAAGAUGGUUAAGCGCUUACACAUUACCAAAUUGCCCUUGGCAGACCCUUCAUUGUUUAUUCAACAUUUCGCAGAGAAAUUGGACUUGGGUGAUAAGAAAAUUAAGGUUGUUAGAGACGCUGUGAAACUGGCACAACGAAUGUCGCGUGAUUGGAUGUAUGAGGGCCGGAGACCCGCGGGGAUCGCAGGUGCCUGUAUUUUACUAGCGUGUCGGAUGAACAACUUGAGAAGAACGCACUCUGAGAUUGUCGCUGUAUCACACGUUGCAGAGGAAACCAUUCAGGAGCGGUUGAACGAAUUUAAGGGCACCAAAGCUGGUAAACUUUCGAUCAAUGAGUUUAGAAACGAUGAGACUACAGAGCCUGGAGCUCAACCACCAUCGUUCACAAGAAACAGGAUUAAUGAGAAGAAGCUAAAGAGGAAACUCGGGAAUAAUGAUGUCAAUGAGACCAGUGAAGAAGCGCUCAAUCGGAAUCCCAUUCUCACCCAGAUUUUGGGAGAACAAGGACUUUCAUCAAAAGAAGUGCUCUACUAUCUAAAACAGUUCUCCCAACGACGGGAACAAGUAAUACAGGGUAUGAAAAGUACACACGGGAUCGACGACGCACAUGUUCACGGCGAGAAAAAGCUUAACGACGAAAUAGACGGGUAUUCGUUAGAGACAGACCCGUACAGGCCCCGAAACUUGCACCUGCUCCCAACCACAGAGUCACUACUAUCGAAAGUGGUAGACGAUCCCGAGAAUCUCGAAGAUGCUGACGACGAAGAGCUAGAAGCUCUGCUCCUAGAUGACGAAGCAUCUAAAAUGAAAGAGAGGAUAUGGAUUGGGAUCAACGGGGACUACUUGCUGGAACAGGAGAGUAAACGGCUCAAGAUGGAGGCAGAUGCAGCCACAGGAAACACUUCUGGAAAGAGAAGACGUCCCAACAGGCGCAAAAAGAAGCCCACUGAUAUAGAUGCCGCUGGGGCGGCCAGCAUGAUGUCUGAACUCAAGGAUGAGUCCGGCCUACAAGCUGCUUUGAAAGCUGCUGAAGAGAGCGGUGAUUUUACAGCUGCCGAUAGCGUCAAAACAUGCUACAAAAAGCCAGUUUUUCGAAGAAAAUCAACUACGAUGCAGUUGAUGGUCUAUUCAAGUGAAUUAUAA